CUAUGCCCGUUAUUGUCUUGUUUCAAUUGACGACAUUCACUAGAUCUUUGCAUAUCAGCCAGCCUUCUUCUUUUUCUUUAUAGAUAUUACGCGAUCUCCCCCCUCGAUUUAUUCUGUCUCACACAAAAUUCUACAUGCCAUCCUCUCUCCGGCUGUCGAGUGUCUUACAACCACCACGAUGGCGCCGCAAUCGCUCUUACAGCUGUGCACGAAGACCGCGAUAAGGAGCGUCAGAUAUCUUAAGGAUAUUGGCGAGCUUCCUUAUCCUCUCGCAAGACCCUUCCUCCUUAAAGUCGAAAGUCCUCAACAGCUGAGAUCGAUCGAACUACAAUCGCCUCAUAUUAUGAAGGACGACAAAGAGCUUUGGAUGGAAUUCAUCAAACGAGAUAUCCCCUCUUGGGAGCAAUUCGAGUUACCGGAGGAGUCCGACUGCUGGUACGACGUUUAUUGCGACCUGCAGGAACAAGUCGCGAGAGAAGUGGACAAGGAUGCAGAAGCGAUGCAUAUGGCCCUUCAGCGGAUCAAUGCGCAGCGUGCUGAGCAAGGCGCCAAGUUCGUUAAUGACAGAUCAGUCCGUCUCCCCAAGGAGCGGCCCACGGAGGCACAGAAGUACGCAAUGUAUGAUCGGAAGAUGGGCGGCAUCGCUCCUGUUUUCGUCUCGACUGUUGGAAAGCCAUGCAUGGAUCCGCUGUCGGCUCCCAGGUGGACCUAUGAAAGGCCAGAUAUUCCUCGGGAGACCAAGAGAGUGAAACCAGCGGGCAUAUUCGCUCCUGUCAAGAGAAAGAGUAAUUUGGCAAUUCCGACCCAUCACCUGAAAAAUAGAGCCUCCCAAAUCAAGCAGGCCCCUCGCUCGCUCGUGGAGCAACACAAGCAACCUGCGCCAUCACGGGUCGUCGGACACAUCAGCACUCCUGUCUCUACUGUGUCUAAGCCAACUACUUCCUUUGCCACGGCAAGGCCAGGUCCCCCUGGUCCUUCAAGUUCGGAUCCAUUGCUGCGGGAGAGAGAAGCGAGACUUAGAGCUCUCACCUCGAAGAAGACGGGUGUGCCUGCCGCAGAGACACCUCCGAAGCCAGUCACCUCGUCUAAGUCGACAAUCAGACCGUCUAUCGAGACACCUACGUUGUUCGCAACUUCUCCGACCUCCAAUCCUGGCAACGCUUCGUCUCCUACUGAGACCGCGAAACCAGUUCUGUUUGCACCGUCCUCUUCAUCUAAAUUCAGGUCCAUCGAGCAGCCUUCGUUCUCCGAACCGGCAGAUUCUGCGCCGGCUGCCGCCUCUCCACCCGCCUCUGCUACCACUUCCACGCCCUCACCUGAGACGAAGAAGUCGGCACGGAAGCGUGCGGGAUCAUUUUCUCCGACGACAAUGGGCCCUUACAGGACCUCAGCUAGUCCGUCUCCAGAGCGCCGGUUCAAACGACCUCUCGAAGGCAACGCAGACAGUGACAUAGGGGACAGCUCCACUUCUCCACAGGCUCGCCCUAUGAUUAUCAAGAAACGGCCUGCCCCGAGCAUCUUCAUCCAGCCUAAACGGAAGAGGGUUGCUUAGGGUGCAGCACACCCGAGUGCACAUUUCCUUAUUCUAAUUCGACACGAAACGAGUGGACGGCGUACGGUUUUCUUCCAUGUUGAUUUGCAAGGCGGGAUUCUCAUCCAAACUGUCGGUUUGCUCAAGCAUUGGUUGCGGCGCAGAGCUAUUGUCGGGUUUCACGAUAUCCCGGGAGCGAUGGUGCAUUCAUUGGUGGUCUUUUACGUUGUCGAUUAUGGAAAUGAUCAAGGGUUUGAGCAUUUUACUUCGAAAUUCUUCUAUGGCGCUCUGGGUGAGGGACGGCUCGUGUAUUUUACGCGUCACGAUUGUUUUAGUUUUUGUUUCAUCAGCUUGAGGGAUUGUCCUGCGGGUUUAUUACGGUUACUCUUCAGCACAGAAGAUGCAUGACGACGAUAUUUCAGCAAUGGAGAAUCUAAACCUCAUG